CCAACUCCGUACCGUAUGAUAUCUCCUCGUUUUUUAGUCAUCUCCAGCUCCGUCAGUAGCCACUCCGACAACAACUCCAACUCCUACACCCAUGCCUCUGGGUGCUUAUUCAUCAUCACCAGCACCAGUAGCAGCGGGGCACUCUGCCACGAGUGUCAGCCAGGGCCAGCAGUCACAUCCGCCUCCAGUUCCGCAUCCAGAAGAUACUCCACCAGUUGUACUAGUUUCACAAUCAUCUGCAGACGAGCUCAGAGCCAGAAUAGCUCUCUUGGAAGCCAGAGACGCAGAGAAAGAUAAGAAGAUCAAGGAGCUAAACCAGCGUCUAGAUGAGAGGCUCGGCACUUCUUCAUCGACUCCUCCUUCAUAGGAGCUUGUCCCGAGGUUCUUUUUUCUUUUCUUUUCUUUGUGAAUACUUCUGAUAAUGAUCUGUAAUAAUGUUAGUUAGGUGAACCUGUUGGUGUGUCGGGUGUAGUUGUAGACAUUGUGGACAAUGUCCAUCUUGAGUGUGGGGUGGAUGGUCUGUGUUCUUGUCUUGUUUUAUGUCGAGUCUUAGUUGUCCACAGUGUCUCGUCAUGUGUAUAUCGUCAAAAAAAUGCCAUUAGGUUGAGCACAGCCAAACUGCAUGCAGUUUGCCUGUGUAAAAAGCAGGCUGCCUGUGCAAAGUUAAUGGCUAAAAAACACAAAAAAAAUCAGAAAAAUUAAAAACAAAACCUUGUACUCUUGUGGUAACAUGAUGUAAAUGACCGUGAUGCCUUGAAAAUGAGUUUGUGCUUGAAUGAAAUCAUCGAAAUCAC